AUGGAAAAUGCGUACAUUAUUGCGACCCCAGCGGAUUCCGGAGCCAGACUUGGAAAAUCGACGGGACCCAAAACUGAAAAAGAUAUGGAUAUGAGAAACGUACCCCACAAGCAAGCAAUUGAAUGUUCAUCGUUUGUGGCACAGACAAUUCGACCCGAUAUUGCGUUUGCAGUGAAUGCCGUGAGUCAGUUUUCAUUGAACCCAGGAAAGCCACUUUGGGAAGCAGUCAAGCGAAUAUUUCGAAUCCUAAAGGAAACAGUGACGAAGAAGUUGAAGUAUAGUAGGAAUCCAACCGAUAAGCUGAAAGGAUACAGCGAUGCUGAUUGGGGAGGAGAUCCUGAUAGCCGCAGAUCGACCAGUGAAUAUGUUUUCACGCUACAGGGAGUAGCAAUAUCCGAGAACGUGAAGAAGCAACCGCCAGUGGCCCUUUCGUCUCGCUAA